UAGAACAAUCUAUGUAUGAGGCACAGAGAUCACCCCAAUGCUGGUAUGACCAAUGAGGACAGCUUCUUGGUGAGGAAUUGCUGACCUCUCACAGAGCAGCUGGAAGAGCACAGGCCAAGAAGGAACACGGGAUCUGAUCUGCACUGUUCGUCAGAGGCUGUAUUGGAUCGUAUGUUCUCACCACUUUGUUCGCCCUGAGCCCAGAUUCAUCAGGAGAAGGAAUAUAGCCACAACCUAGCCAUUACUAUGGGAAAGUGGCAGGAAAUGACAAAAGAGGAGUUGGAGACUGAGUAUUCCCCUAGUAGAUGGUCUCCAAGGCUGGAUAAGGAUGCUGUGAUUGAGGCACACAUGAAAGCAAUUACUGAAGGUACCCUAAACGCCCAGGCAUUCACCCAAACUCUGCUGAAUGUCCCCUAUGGCUCCAGUGAGGGAGAGAAACUGGAUGUGUAUCUUCCUAAAAAACAUGUUGAAACCUUUCCUCUGGUCCUCUAUAUUCAUGGUGGCUACUGGCAAAGCUUGAGCAAAGAAGUUUCUGGUUUUGCUGCAUGUCCCCUAGUGAACCAAGGCAUUGCCUUUGCUGCAGUUGGCUAUGAUGUGGCCCCAAAAGGCCAACUGGAGGUGAUGGUUGAACAGGUGCGGCAUAGUGUGGCUUUUGCAGUUCAGCAAUAUACAGGGAUCAGUGGUGUCUAUCUGCUUGGGCAUUCGGCAGGAGCCCACCUGGCAGCCAUGAUACUUUCCACAGAUUGGGCAAAAUUUGGUGUUGAGCCAAACAUUAAAGGUGCCUUUUUGGUGAGUGGCAUUUAUGACUUGGAGCCUAUCAUACACACCUAUGUUAAUGAUCUGUUGCACAUGAGCCGUGCAGUGGCCCAAGAGAAUAGUCCUUUGUGGUGUGUGACAAAGGUGAAUGACAAGAAAGCUUGCCGGGUGCUCAUUGCAAUAGCCCAGCACGACCCACCUGAGUUCCACAGACAGUCUCAGGAAUAUUGUCAGGUUCUUCGUACAGCAGGUUGGAAGGUCUCCUUGCUAGACCUAGCAGGCACAGAUCACUUUGAUGUCAUUGAGAAACUCUCCCAAGAGAACUAUCUCCUCACACAGCAGAGUGUGCUAUAGACCAUGACUACAUGGUGCUAGAUGAAGAUUCCUGAGAUGAGCAGAUUCCACUGGUUUUGAUAAAAGAAACAUUUGAUGAUUUGAGUAAAAGAUUGACACAAUCUCUGGAAGUUAAAUUUGAAAUUUGGACAAAAAACUGGAGAAGAAUUCAGGGGAAAUUAAACAAAUCAAUAACAGGAUGGACUUUUUUUUUUUUUUUUUAGAAAACUGGGGAUUUGGGGCUACAGAAAGAAUUUUAAAAAUUGGCUAUGCUGGAACCCAGACAGAAGGAAUUUUGUUUGCAGUGUAGGUCUAUUCCAGAAGAUCCCUUGAGAAUAUAUGAAAAAAGCUUGUUUAGGCAUUAGCUGAUUUGUUCAACUGGGGGAGGAAAGGAUUGAUGAAGAACUGGACAAGGUGUAUCAUGUGGGUUUGCUGCAUUAAGACAAACGCCAAGAGAUAUUUUAGUACAUUUCUUGAGGAGAAGAAUGGGGGGAUUUUUGCAAUGUCAUUUUGAGGCAAGAUUGAAAUUGAUAAUGUGGAUGAAAUUGUUUUAAAGGAGAUUUCCCUUAGGAUCUUGCGUAUUCCUAACAAACAUUCUGAAACAGUAAACUAUUCAAUUAUUCAAUUUUAUUGGAAUAAGUUGGAAGGAAUAAUUGUUAAAUGAGUUUUGCCCCGUCUUAUGACCUUUCUUGCCCCAGUUGUUAGGUGAAUCACUGCAGUUGUUAAGCUUCACUUAACAAGGU